CUUGUCAUUUAAAUGCUGCAAGUAAUUAACACAGAGUACGAACUCAACAAGAGUGGCAUAAACCCUAGCUGCUCUCUUCUUAAGCCCUUCUCUUUUUUCAGGUUAUUGUGCAAAUGGCAUUCUACAACAAAAUUGGAACCCUGCUGAGGCAUAACAUCUCCGCCACCAAUACGUUGCAUGGGCAGACACCAAUGAUUAAUGCCAUUCGCUGCAUGUCUACCAAGCUUUUUAUUGGUGGACUUUCAUACGGAACUGAUGACCAGUCGCUUAGGGAUGCAUUUUCUGGCUUUGGUGAUGUUGUUGAAGCUAGAGUAAUUACUGACAGAGACACGGGAAGGUCAAGAGGUUUCGGGUUUGUCAACUUCUCAACUGAUGACUGUGCUAGUUCAGCACUCUCAGCCAUGGAUGGACAAGAACUGAAUGGAAGGAAUAUCCGAGUUAGUCUUGCCACUGAGAGACCACCUCGCAAUAAUUUCGGUGGAGGAGGUUUCCGUGGUGGGUAUGGUAAUGGGGCGAACGACGGAUUUUGAAGCAUUCUCAUUGCCUAACCUUUUCGCUUAUUUGUUGUAGGGCGGGUUGGAUUAACUCGAACCCAACUUUUUGUAUGCUUUGAAUACUAGUAUUGCUUUUGCUUCUAAUGGUAUACAAUAUCAGUCCCAAUAAUCGUGCUUAGAUGAAUCUCUGUUUGGAUCCCCAAUUUUCGUAUCU